GGGAGGGGAGGGAUGGCAACAGUUGCGCCUUUGUCCCAUGCAGGUCCGGCGAGCGUCGUAGAUUGCACCGAGUCCUCGUGCGUUUCGCCAGAUCUGGUGCGGCCGAAUGGCGCUCACGGAGCUGCAAUUUUCAAUGAUUUUGUUUCCGGACAUGCGUGAACAGCUGCAGUGGCCGCCGCUCGGUGCUUCUGAGUCUCGGUAAGGGGGGGCUAACUCUGGCGAGGCCUGCAGCUCGGCUUCCGCCAGUGGCCCUGCCUCGGCGCUAUUGCUCUGCUCGGAGCUGGUGGGAUUCUCUCACAGCCUGGGUGACAGGACGAUCUUAGUGCGCAGGCACUCUUCUAAAACACCCAGUCCUCGGCACGAAGCAAGCGCGACGCCUCCCGGACCAUAUCAAAUUCCCAACACCUCCCCUUUUACUGGUUCGAUCUCUGAAUUCCGAACGCAGCUGUAUCGAGCCGGACUCGGAAAAUAAACCGCGGAUCGUACUUCUUCCGGUCCGCCUUGCCCCGCUGGUGAAUUGGAGGAGAGAAAAUCAGGGGACAUUCGGCCGACUCGAAUUCCAGUCUAAUGGUGAGUCUUAACGAACUCUUCUACGGCGGCCCGGGCCCCGACUGGAUUGUAGGUCCGCCCCCAGAGCCUCGCAUCGUCAACCCAGGAAACGACGAUGGCGAGCCUCAGUAGACGUGAACACGAGCAGCGAAUCUUGUGCGAUUACAUCGAAGACUGAGGUUCAUCCUUACGGGGAAUUCGUUAGCCCGCAGAAGGUGUGCUGUGCGCGCGCGCACGAACGAACGAGCAGAUUUUGGUUUUGGUGAACUUGAGAUUUGGAGACAAUCUACAGCCGGAAUCGAUUGAGUAAACCUUAAGGAGACCUGAUUGGAAGGCAUCUUCCCACUUCUUGUCUGGGAGGCGGGGCUAUGAAAUCAUGACAUCGUCCCGAGAAACUCUGGAGAUCCACCUCGAGAGUUUCAGGCUGUUACAUCUGCUGAAUGCUGCUCUCUCCGCGUCCGAGGAGAGCGGUGAAUUCUCAAGGAGGUCUGUGAGUCCAGAGAUCUGUCGGGCGCUCGGAUCCUCGAAGCAUGGGGUUGUCGUCGAGUUAUGCAACCUACUUCCAUACAUAUGAUUCUGUGAUUCUGUCACCGGCUUGUAGAAUAGUCAUGCGGAACUUAGCUCUGUUGCUUCUGUACACCAUAUCUUCUCAACGGACUCUGCAGGGGGAUCAGGCAUUCUUCUGGCCGGGAUUUUCUCCACAACCUUUCAACGAUAUUGACCGCUUUCCAAAGCAUGUCCUGGAAAGCUUCCUUUGGCAAUUGCAUACUCUGCAACUCAAUUAUCAAGUUCUAGUACGACGUCAGAGAGAGAUAGUGUCGAAGAAAGUGGGUAGUUUUUCUACUGCAGAUCUGUUAUGUUUUAGACUCAGUUUUGUGCCACAAAAAUCUUCUGAUGGGAUUGUAGUUAGCUGUACAGUGAUGAAGAUGAAAGUUUAAGUUGCUCUCUUGAGCUUGCAGAUCUGGUUACGUCUGUCCCUCUUGUGACGGUGACAAGGUUUUAAGUAAUUGGUUCUCUUUUUCUUGAGCUAAACAACUGAGCUGGCUUCCUGAUAUGUUCAUCGCCGUUCGUGUUUGACUCGUCUCACAUGUCCGCAUCUCGUUCUCAGGCCCUGCGAAACUGCUCUGAUGCAUGCCCCAAGACGAAGGUUGGCAAUUUUCUUCUUGUGAAUCUACAUGUUCUUGUCACUCUGGAGCUUGAGUAGAUUCGCUGGACUCACUACUUGGAGGUCUACUUGUUCCGGCCACUCUGUGCAGAAGCUUGCUUCCAUUUUCCAUCACUGGACAUGACGUGCCGCUCUUGUUACAUGAUCCAAGGGAAUGGAGGUGGCAUGAUACUUCCCGCUUCACCCUUGAUCUUUUGU